UGUAGGUGUGGCUAUGGUGAUGUCAAUCAUAAUGACUCCUCCCCCUCUGAUCUUUCUCUUUAUGAUUCAUGGAGUUUAUAGUGCUGUUGAUGACUUACAGCUCUUCACACAUCUGUGCACUAAAGGACUCAACAGUGACAAUAAACUGUAGUUAUAAAUACUCUACUGGACAUAAGAUCAAGAAAGUGUUCUGGGCUAACAAGUUAGUUGGAACAGGAAUAGAACCUCCAGAUCUGUUUAAAGACUCUAAAUACAGUGAGAGGAUUCAGUAUCUGGGAGAUAAACAGCACGACUGCAGCGUCAGACUGACUGAUGUGAGACACACAGAUUCACACGAGUACUAUUUCAGAUUCAUCACUGAUAAAGAUAAAUGGAUUGGUAAACCUGGAGUGACUCUUGAUGUCACAGAUCUUCAGGUGGAGUCUAAAGGUGAGAGAGUGAACGAGGGACAUUCAGUGACUCUGACAUGUAAAAGCAGAUGCAGUCUGACUGACACAUCAACAUUCAUCUGGUUUAGAAACACACAGACAUUAAAUGACACAAACAAGAAACUCAUCCUGCCGUCAGUUAGAAGAGAGAAUGCAGGAGACUAUAGAUGUGCUGUACAGGGACACAAACUCACAUCACCUCCUCGACGUCUCAAUGUCAUCUAUCCUCCAGAUAAACCUGUGAUCUCCAUCAGUUCUUCUGGUGUAAUAGUGGAGGGUGAUUCAGUGAAUCUGACCUGCAGCAGUGAAUCAAAUCCACCUGUUCACAUCUACAGCUGGUUUAAAGAAGAAACAUCUGUAGGAUCUGGAAACAUCUACAUCAUCUCAAACAUCAGAUCUGAUCACAGUGGACAAUACAAGUGCAAGACUGAAAAUAAACUUGGCCAGAAAAAUUCAACAGUGACUUUAAAUGUUUUAUAUCCUCCAAGGAACGUCUCAGCAUCCAUCAGUUCUUCUGGUGUAAUAGUGGAGGGUGAUUCAGUGAAUCUGACCUGCAGCAGUGAAUCAAAUCCACCUGUUCACAUCUACAGCUGGUUUAAAGAGAAUCAAACAUCAUCUGUUGGAUCUGGACAGACGUUCAGCAUCAGUAACUUUAAUUCAAGUCUCAGUGGAUGGUUUUACUGUGUGGCUCAGAAUGAAGUCGGAUCUCAGAGAUCAGAUGAUGUUUCACUCACUGUUAAAGGUCAAGCUUCAGGAAUGCUUACUGUGGUCCUGUUUGCAGUUGUCACAUGUGGGUUUGCUGUUUGUGUUUUCAUUGUGUUCAUGAGGAGAAGAAGACGUGAUGAGAGAGUCGGGCUGAAGCAGGUUCCUCUUCGCUGCUCCGCUGAAACACAACAUGAUGAAGUUCAGUACGCCAGUGUUACACCCAGACAUCAUAGAGAAGAUCAAACAUCUCCUGAAUCCAGUGAACCAGAGGAGGUCCAGUACGCAACUGUCCACCGUCACAGAAACACAGACGUGAGAAGAUCAGAAGAGACUGAAAUCCACUAUGACAACAUUACAAAUCACCAACAUGAUGCUGCUGUGAGAUCUGCUGUUGAAAUGAUGGACGAUAAGUCUGUGAUUUACAGUUCAGUCAGAUGAUCAAUACUUCAGGUCUACAGGAUCUAUACGAUCAGGAUUCUAGAUGAACUUCUUUAUCUUCUUUGCAGGAGUAAAUGUUGCUUACUGCAUGAGAUAAAGGACCAGUGUGUAGUUUUUUGGAAGAUCUCUUGAGAGAAAUGCAAUCUAAUAUACAUAACUAUGUGUUCAGAGGUGUAUAAAGACCUUACGUAAUGUAACGUUAUGUUUUUAUUAUCUUAGAAUGAGUUAUUUCUAUCUACAUACAGCACAGGUCCCCUCACAUUGAAGUCAUCAUGUUGUUUCUACAGUGGCCCUAAAUGGAUAAACUGCUCCACAGAUUUUCUAAAUACGUUUUCUUAUUUGGCAAAGAAGUGAAAACACAACGAUUUUGUAGUCCUGUGUCAGACACCGUAGUGCUUCGGAAGAGAGGGGGUGGAGUCAAGUGUGAGUUGCAUUUCACAACCUCACCACUAGAUUCCACUA